AAAGAGACGAUUUUUGUAUGUAGAGGAGUUGGCUUCAUACCUAAGUAUUGUUAUUGAUUUUUCUCUAGUUCUGAUCAGUGAUUUGGCGUUCUGGCAAAAAUUCUUCCUGGAACCCAGAUAUCUCUGGAAAAGGGGUGGGAUAUAAUUCGCAAAUAAUCCCAAUAAAUUCGCGUAAGUUGCAGCUUUUAAAAAAUGCCAAUGUUUAGUUGAUUAAAUUUUAAAGGAUUAAGGGAAACGCUGAGCUCAAACAACAAUGUCUGCUGCUGGUACCCCAUCUACAGAUCCUUGGGUCAUAUUAGCUCGUGAAAGAGCUAGAUAUGAAGAGCAGUUUAAAUCUUUAAAACCCAAUAACGGAGUUAUUACUGGAGAUCAGGCCAAGGGCUUUUUUUUGCAAAGUCAACUGCCUCCAUUGGUUUUGGGGCAAAUAUGGGCUCUGGCAGACACAGAUUCCGAUGGCAAAAUGGACAUAAAUGAAUUCUCUAUUGCCUGUAAACUGAUCAACCUGAAACUAAGAGGGUUUGAGAUACCCAAGGGGCUACCGCCUUCCCUUCUAGCAUCACUAAAACUUCAUUCUUCAACUCCUCCAGCUAUACCUCCACUCCCAAAUACUGGACUAAUUAAUCAUGCUCCUUCAAGACCUGAACCGCCAAAGGUUCCUGCCAUGACUUCAGCACCUCAGAAACCUGCUUACCCACCUGCCAUACAGCCCUUGAUAGGUACUGCACAACCAAUGAUGAGCGUUUCUCAACCUGCACUUAAUGCUAACGUUCAAGGGAUGCUUAUUAACACACAACCAAUGACAACAUCUAGCCAGUCUCUUUUAGGUGGAUCACAACCAUUGGUACCCGGUACUCAACCACCUUUGAUGCCUGGUAUUCAGCCUCCUCUUGUACCCGGGCUUGGCACAGUGGCUCCUACUGGCCCUCCAACUGGGGUGGUUCAACCUGUUAAUAUGGCAGGUGGGAUGAUUUCCAAUGCUGGAUCUAUGAUUCCAACAGGUAUAGUACCACCAAUGCAAACUAGUAUACCCCAAAUUCAGCCAAUGGUAAGUGGUUCGGCGACAUUGCCAAACGCGAUUCCACCUCUAGCAGGUUCUAUACCAUCUAUUCAGCCAAUAGUUUCACAACCUUUAGCUGGUUUUGGCAUACAGCCCAGUAUGGUAUCUAAUAUACCUCCUACAGGUAUAACUUCAGCAGCUUCAAUUAAUACUUCAAUAAAUUCCACCCCCUUAAUCUCUGCUGGCCCUAUAUCACCUGUAGGGUCAAUAGGAUCUGUAGGUGCUCCCGGCAUAGGGCCAGGAGCAACCAGUACUCCUAGGGCUAGUGUUACUAGCUUAGAAAGGGCCCCAAGUGUUGAGUCUUCCAGCGCUGUAGAAUGGUCAGUUCCCCAACAAACGAAACUGAAAUAUACACAAAUCUUCAACACGAUGGAUCGGACGCGAAGUGGAUUUUUAUCUGGGGCACAAGCUAGAAAUGUUAUGGUACAAUCGAAGUUACCGCAGGCACUUUUAGCCCAAAUUUGGGCUCUGUCUGAUAUGGAUGCGGACGGACGCCUGGGAUGUGAAGAGUUUGUUCUGGCGAUGCACCUCUGCGAACAAGCCCAGGUAGGAACUCUUCCACCUGCCAAGUUACCACCAGAUUUGGUACCACCGUCAUUUAGGAGACCGGCCAGAACGGCCUCGAUUUCUAGUCAAGGUAGCACAGUACACGCCGACCAAGAUCCUGCCAGUACUUUACUUCAAACAUCAUUUGACGAUAAACGCAAGGAAAACUACGAGAAAGGACAGGCGGAAUUAGAGAGGCGCAGAAAAGCCCUGCUGGAUCAGCAAAGGAAAGAGGCAGAGGAGCGUGAACGAAAGGAAAGGGAGGAACAAGAGCGAAAAGAAAAAGCGCGACAAGAAGCGGAGAGAAAAAGACUUGAGGAUUUGGAGAAAGCGAUGAGGGAACAACAAGAAAAGGAGCGGUGUAUAGAGGAAGAACGUAAAAGACAAGCAGAACAACGUGAAGCUGCUAGAAAAGAGAUGGAAAGACAACGACAAUUAGAGUGGGAAAAACAAAGGCUACAAGAGCUGCAACAACAAAGACAAAGAGAGCAAGAAAACGUCCUAAAACUGAAAGCCAAAAAUCAAAGUUUGACCAUUGAGCUUUCGUCCUUAAACGACCAGGUCAAGGAAUUGUCACAGAAGAUCUGCGAUACGAGGAUCGGUGUUUCAAAUGUGAAGUCUACCAUAGACGGGAUGCGUACGACCAGGGAUACACAAAUGCAAGAAAUGUCACAGUUAAAAAAUAAAUUGAAAGAUCAAAACGCUAAACUGCUUGCCUUGUCUCAGGAGAAGAUCAAACUAGAAGCUAGAAAUAAGAUUAAUACGCAGGACCCCGACCAGGCCAAGUUGGCAUUUGAGAACAAAGAAGUAACGAUUAAGAACCUGAGGGAAAAAGUAAGUGAUAUUCAAUCGCAGAUCGACUCAAAAAUGUCCGACAUCGAAAACAACAAUAGUCAAUUGAAAGACCUUAAAGCGCAAAUGAAAACUUUGGUUUCCGAAUGUCAAUCUUUGUAUACAAAGUACGAAGACAAAAAGAACCAAGUUUUGCAAAUGAAAACCGUUAAUAAGCCACUGGAUUACGGAGAUUCGUGGAAAACGACUGACGCUUGGGGUAGCAGUACUAACGCAAAUUCCGAUUGGCCCGUUGAAAAUAAUUGGGAGACGGACGAUGCGGUGCCGCCGAAUCUUGAUAGCAUACCGGGGGUUCAUAAAUAUAGGGCCAUUUAUGAGUUUUCUGCUAGAAAUAAUGAUGAAAUAUCGUUUCUACCAGGAGACAUUUUACAUGUUCCCGAACAACAGACUGGCGAACCAGGCUGGUUAGCAGGCGAAAUAAAUGGAAAAACCGGUUGGUUUCCCGAGUCUUACGCGGAACCAGUUGAUGGAGUGGGAAUCAGAGGAAGUACAACCGUACAGAAUUCUAUAAUAGAAUCUACUAAAAUAGAGGAACCUUUAGCCGUUGAACCAGUGGCGGUAGAGCCUGUCACUGCUUUGGAAAAUGAUACUAAGGCAGACGCUACUGUUCCGCCACUAGAUGACGAUGCUGAGCACUACAUAGCAAAUUAUCCUUAUCAGUCGCAGGAGCCCGGCGAUUUGACUUUUAACGCAGGGGAUAUCAUUGCCGUAGUUAAAAAAGAAGGCGAUUGGUGGACUGGCAAACUAAAUGACAAUGUUGGGAUAUUCCCUAGCAAUUACGUACAAAAAGUAGAUAGCAACGUUGGUCAAAUAAUAACGAAUCAGACCAGCGAAAGCACCGCGCCAGCCUCAUCCGGAGUAAACGCGGCGGCCGUAUCCAUAGCCCUGGAAAGCUACAACAGUUCAAACGCCCAAGUCGACAACGAAGUGUCCCAGAUAAAUGAAAAAUCCACGGAAAAACCUUUCGACGCCUCUAUGACAUCCAACGCGCAGGUGGUUAAAGGUAAAAAACCGGAAAUUGCCUCAGUAAUUGCCCCAUAUCAGGCAACUAGUACCGAACAACUUUCUCUCGCUAGAGGGCAGCUCAUUAUGAUCAGAAAAAAGACUGAUUCAGGAUGGUGGGAGGGAGAACUGCAAGCCAAAGGAAGAAAAAGGCAGGUCGGAUGGUUUCCCGCUAGCUAUGUUAAGAUUUUAAAUAGUUCUGGCAAAAUUAGCGGUAGGACCACCCCAGUAUCAACUACAAGGAUGCAACAAGAAGUAGUUUUAGAUAAAGUGAUAGCACUAUACCCAUAUACAGCCCAAAAUCCGGACGAGUUAUCAUUCCUUAAAGACGAUAUUAUCAACGUGACGGCGCGAGAAGAAGAAGCGUGGUGGAGAGGCGAACUGAACGGGGUAUCUGGUCUCUUUCCUAGCAAUUAUGUGGCGCCACUUCAGCAAAGUCAAUUAUCCGCGGAAAACAAGAAACGCCUUGGGGCCAUAAACGAGCUAAUACAAACUGAGGAAACGUAUGUUAAUGAUAUGGCCGUGGUUCAUAAAGUUUUUGAAGUACCGCUGCGUAAAAGUAAAGUCGUGUCGACUAAGGAAAUUGACGAGAUUUUCGUGAACUGGCAGGAUAUUUUGCAGUGCAACAAGAGCUUUUUAGAAGAUUUAAAACGAGCAGUUAAUAGGCGAUCUGAGACCAUUGGAGACGUGAUUUGUCAACAUUUACCAAGAAUGACGGCGUACAUUGUAUUCUGCGGCAAACAACUGGAUAGCGCCGCAUUACUUCAAGAACUCACUGAAUCACAUACGCCAUUUAAAGAGCUAGUGAAAAAGUGCCAAAACAACUAUAUAACUAAAGGAAUGCCUUUAUCCUCAUUUUUAAUAAAACCCAUGCAAAGGAUAACAAAAUAUCCAUUGCUCAUUAGUAAGAUUCUAGAGAAUACCGAUGAGGACCAUGCUGACUACAAACUAUUAGAAGAAGCGCUCCGAAUAGCCGAAAAAUUCCUCAGUUGCGUUAACGAAAACGUAAGAUUGAAAGAGAACCAGGAAAGAAUGCAAUGGCUACAACAAAGCGUACAAAACGAAUUAAAUCUUACGUUUAAUAGCAACACAAAUAGGCUAGGCCCAAGGCAACUACUGCAUUUCGGCAGUUUUACCAAACUGAAGACGGGAAAGGAGCUUUUGGGGUUCUUAUUUAACGAUUUUUUCAUGUUAGUGCAGCCAAGUAAGGCCAUUAUCGGACAGUUUGGGUUUCAACGUAAUACCAAUGUCAUAUAUAAAAUGUAUAAGCAGCCAAUAUUAAUCCAAAACUUGUCAGUGAGUAGAGAAAGUUCUGAAUCUGUGGACCAAGGGACAGACUCCAAUCGAGUAAUUAGGCUUCAGGACGAAAAAACUGGCUACAAAAUAUUUUUAUUAGCGACAACCGUCCAUGAAUGUGGUACUUGGACCAAGAAGAUUGAUAAUGCUAAAGAGAGUUUCCAUAAAAUUAGCCAAUUAAGUAAACAGAGUAAAAGGAGAACGCUAUUGAAUACGAGCAGGUACUUAUGGGUUAGCAUGUUGGAGGCUACCGAUGUUGUUCUGAAAUGCAAUCCGCAGACUUGCGAUAAUUAUUGUAACAAAAAAGGUAAGCCCCACACCGAAAACGUUUACUGUAGGGUAUCCUUGGGUAGUCAGGAGCAAGAAACCGACUUUGCCAAGGACACUCUUAACAAUGGAAAUCUUCCCCAAAAUGGGACGCCUCUUAUACCGAGUCUAGUGUGGAACUGCAGCAUGCAGUUCCAGUUGAGGAAUGUUAACGAGGAAAGUCUUAAUUUUGUCGUUCUGGAGCAUAAUCCAUUUAGUUUAGAUGAAUUUCUAGGUAAAGCAGAACUUAAACUAAACGACAUCUACAGAGAAACUCAAUCAACCAAUGGUCCGAUUAUCAAAAAACUAAUACUCCAUCAAGUGGAAAGUGGAGAAAUAACAGUCAAAUUAGAUUUGCAUAUGUUUAAUAACUAUUAGCCUAGUUAAUCAAUUUUGACUAGAAUUUUGCAUGUAUACGUCUUUUUACAAGCCAGUGUAGCACAAUACACAAUUUAGGCGACAGCCAUUGUGAUGAAAUUUGUUUUCAUUUUCGUUAAAAGAAAUGGAUGUUACCGAAAAAUAUUAUUGUUAUAUUAUAUAUGCUCUACUAACGUUCUUUAUAUUAUAUACUAUAUUCUUUAUAACUAUACAUUUCUAAUUCUUUGACAGUUGACAAGACCUUGUAUUCCUAAUCACAAAAUAUUACUUUUUAUGUUUUUUUACUUUAACAUGAAAACUUGUAAGAUUUCGGGGUCUGUGCUUUUGCUCAAAAACUGCCAAAUUUAACAAAAUUGCCAUUUAUACUAUGUAUUUUUAUCUAUUUAGUAAUUGUUAUACUUUCCUUCUUAUAUAGAAAAUAUUAUAAGCUAAGUUAUAGUUGUUUGUAUUAAUUAUCAGUAUUUCUUUUUUUAGUUUUAUCUACUGUAUACUACUAAUAUAGUUUUACUAAUACAGGCAUGUCACAAGGUAA